AUGGACGAGGUCGGCGAGCAAGCGGACAAGGUGUUCCGUGCCCUCUCCGCCCAACUUGGCACUCAAAAAUACCUGACUGGAGACUUGCCAACAGAAGCCGAUGCUCUUCUAUUCGGCCACAUGUACACGCUGAUCACCGUCCGUCUUCCGCUGACAAAUAUCACGAAUAUUCUGAAAAAAUACACGAAUCUCAUUGAAUUCACCAAGAGAGUCGAGCAACAGUAUUUUAAGCAGUAG